AUGCAGCGACGCGGCGGGGGCACCCGCAAGGAGCGGCUUCUGCGCGCCAAGAUGAAGAAGAAGAUGCAGGACUCAGACACGUCGCCCAGCGGCAACACGUUCGAGGACAUUCUGCACAUGUCGGACUUGUCAGAGCAGUCACUGCUCGAGAACCUGCGCAAACGCUACGAGCAUGAACUUAUCUACACGUACGUGGGGCCCAUUCUCAUUGCUAUCAACCCGUACAAGCAGCUAGAUGUGUACAGUGAACGCCACAUGACUGAAUACUAUGGGAAGGCAAUGGGAGCACUACCCCCGCACGUCUUCGCAUUGGCCGACCACGCGUACACGCAGCUCAUCCAGGGUGGUGCACUAGAUCCGGCCAAUCAGAGUAUUAUUAUCAGUGGAGAGAGCGGCUCAGGCAAGACGGAGACCACGAAGAUCAUCAUGCAAUACCUGGCUCGAGCCACAAGCUACCGAAAAGGUCCCGAGGGCGAAGGUGCACCUCCUGCACCUUUGGAAGGCAUGUCUGGUGCUCUGGGCAAGCUCGAGGAGCGCGUGUUGGAGAGUAAUCCGCUGCUCGAGUCCUUCGGCAAUGCCAAAACGUUGCGCAAUGACAACUCCAGUCGCUUUGGCAAGUUUAUUGAGAUCCAGUUCAACCACCACGGCAAAAUUGUGGGUGCACAAAUCCUCAAUUUCCUACUGGAGAAGACCCGCAUUGUGUCCCAAAGUAUCGGCGAAAGAAACUACCACAUUUUCUACCAAUUACUCGCCGGCGCGGACAACGCGCUAAGGGAAAGAUUGCAGUUGCAAACGCCACAGUAUUACGAAUAUUUGAGGAAGAGUGAAUGUUUCCACAUUCACUCUUGCGACGACGCCAAGGAGUUUGCCACGACCAAGAGAUGCAUGGAGACGAUCGGCAUCACCGAGGACCGACAGGAAAUGGUCUUUGAGCUCCUCGCAGCGGUGUUGCAGCUCGGCAACUUGAAGUUUGCAAUGGAAAACGACACGUGCGUGACUGUAGGAGACAACUCCGCUAAUGGCAUGAAACUGGUGGCCACGCUGCUUAAAGUGAGCGAAGACGCGCUGUCCAAGGCGCUGCUCACGCGUCAACUCUACGUCGGAGGCAAGGUGAUCGUGCAACAGCAGAACUCGGAGCAGGUACGCGACAAACGCGAUGCCCUGGCCAAGGGCAUCUACUCGUCGCUGUUCCUGUGGCUCGUGUCGGAGCUGAACCGCACGAUCUCGCGCACCCAGGACAAGUGGGGCUUCAUCGGCGUGCUGGACAUCUACGGCUUCGAGAAGUUCGAGUGGAACACGUUCGAGCAGCUGUGUAUCAACUAUGCCAAUGAGAAGCUGCAACGACACUUUAACCAGCACAUGCUCGAGGUGGAGCAGAACGACUACGCGAAAGAAGGGAUCGACUGGAAACACAUCGACUUUGAGGACAACCAGGAGUGUCUGGAUCUCAUUGAGAGCAAGGUGAAUGGCAUUCCCGGCAUCUUUAUCUCGCUGGACGACAACUGGAGACUCAAGGGCGAAGAAGCCAACAAGAAGUUCGUGUCGAACCUGCACAACUCGUUCGGACGCACGUCGAGCGGCCAUUCGAGCGGCAAGAACAAGUUCUACGUGCACCCGAAGAUGGACGCGGACUUGCACUUUGGUAUCAAGCACUACGCCGGCGAAGUCAUCUACGACGCCAGCGGCUUCAACGACAAGAACAACGAGACGCUGAAUGACGACAUGAAGGAGCUGAUUCGACAGUCCCAGAGCGACUGGCUGCGUGGCAUCUUCGACCUCAACAUGCAGUCGAUCGAGGCCAUUCCAGGCAACAAACCGCAGCAGCAGCACUCGAUCUCUCGACGCCCGAACGAGAUGAAGAAGGGCGCGCAAGGCAACAAGUCUCGCAACAUCCGCGAAGUCUCGGUCAGCGCGCAGUUCCGGUAUCAGCUGCACGAACUGAUGCACAAGAUCUCGUUGGCGAACCCUCGCUAUGUGCGUUGCAUCAAGCCGAACGAGCUCAAGCGGCCAAGCGAGCUCAACGACUUGGACUGCGCUCGUCAACUCAAGUACUCUGGUAUGAUGGAGGCGAUCCAGAUCCGUCAGGCUGGCUUUGCAAUGCGUGAAGACCACGACGUGUUCUUCUACGACUACCAGUCGCUGACUCCUGACGCGGAGAAUAUCAAGGAGCUAGUGGAGGAGAUCUCGUCGAUGCUUGGAGCCGGUAAGGAGGAGUGGCAAUUGGGCAAAACCAAGGUGUUUUUGAAGCGGGCAAUGGCGUUUAAACUGCGGAAACUCGAGGUGCUGCGGUGUAAAUCUGCUGCGCGUGCGAUUCAGAAGUGGGUGCGCAACAUGGCGAGGGCUGAAGCGGUUGUCAAGAUCCAAACAAAAGCGCGACAGUUUGUGGCCAAGAAGCGAUUGCAGCGUCUGCGUCGUAGUGCGUACCGUGUGAUGUAUAUCCUACGCAUGCGCGUGGCGAUGAGCAAGUAUCAUCGGAUGCGAGACGAGUACCGUAUGCAGAAUGAGAAGGCCGUGGUGGUACAGAAGCUCGCACGCGGCUAUUUGGUGCGUAAGCGCGACCUGCUGCAUCCGUUUGGCGACAUGGGACCCAAGGAGCUGGACGCCAAGAUCGCCGAGAUGGAGAGGGCGAUUGAAGACGCCGCAGUAAGCAAGCAGUUCGAGUUGUGCGCCGAUUUGCAGCUUGAGCUCGAGAAGAUCGUGGACGCACGGAAGAAGGUUCGCACGGCCAAGGAGAUUGACGCGGAGAUCAAACAGCUGAACGUGGAGAUGGAGGCUGCAGCGCUGUCGAAGCAGUUUGGGCGCUGUGCGGAGCUCCAGAAGGAGCUUGAAGUGCUCCAGGAAGCGCGUACACAUGUCAAGGAAGACUUGAACGAGCUGGAGCCAGAGGAGCUGGACGAACGCAUCCGUGCGAUGGAAACGACGAUCGCGGAGGCCAUGGCGGCUCGAGAUUUCGGCAAGUGCGGCGAUCUGCAGGUGAGUCUGGACGCUCUGGUGUCUGCACGGAAGAAGAAGCAGACGCCGGAAGAGCUGGAUGCGGAGAUCGAGAAGCUGAAUGAGGAGCUGGACAAUUUGAUGAAGAAGAAACAGUUCGACAAGUGUGCGCAGCUGCAGAAGGACAUCGACGUGUUGAAGAAGAAGCGCGCCAAGUUCCCUGCUGCUGUGAAGACUCCGACGCCUCCUCCUUCGCCAAAGCCCGAGCCACCGACAGAGCCGACGCCGCCUCCUUCACCAAAGAAGGAGACGCCUCCACCAGAGGAACCGGAGCCUCAGCCGACGACGCCUGCUCCUCCAUCGAACGUGGAUCGCAGCGGUAUCCUCCCCACGCGCGAGGAUACUGCGGCUGCACCAAACUCGUCGCCUGCUGCGUUGCCUGGUGAGAAACGCCCUGUUCCAGAAGCCCCAGCAGCUCCAACUCCAGCUCCAGCUCCGAUUCCACAGAUUUCUCCAGUCGCAGUGCCUCCUCCAGCUCAGUCGUUUGAGGAACAUCCUUCUCCUGCGCCGGUUAACGAGUACGCUGCGCCUCAGGAGAUCCCGACAGCUCCCCAGAUGCCUCGGCGUCCUCCAGCGAUCUACAAUGGUCCUUCCCCCAGUGUCCGACGCGGGGAGUCGAACACGAUGACGCCGAUCUCGCCUGCUAUCAAGCAGCCGACGUUCGAACGUCGUGCGCGGUCUGGUUCCAACAGCUCGGCCACUUCUGGCCACUCGUUCGCUCGCUCGCACUCGUCCAUGAUGUCGACGUCGUCUAAGUCCAAGAAAUCGACCAAUACGGAUCCGUCGCGUACGGUUGCUCGUCUGCGACCAGCCAAGGCGAUCACAGUGAACCAGGAGGCGACGGUACUGGAAGCUGCUCGUCUGAUGAAGUCCCACCGCUCGGCGGCUGUGCUGGUGACCAACUGGGAAGGCGCCUUGACGGGUAUUUUCUCCGACACGGACGCUGCGCGACGUGUGAUCUCGAAGGGGAUGGACCCUGCUCGAGUCACGAUUGGAUCAGUGAUGACGCCGAACCCCAGCUGUGUGAGCUUGGAGGACAGUGCUGUAGACGCGAUGGAUAUUAUGCUGAGCGGCAAGUUCCGCCACUUGCCGGUGGUGAGUGCGCACAGCGGCAACAUUGUGGGUGUUCUGAACGUGGCCAAGUGUCUGCACGACGCUAUUCGACGCGUGGAGAACAUGUCAACGUCUCUGCAGCAAGAACUUGGCGCUAGUAGCAACAACGCGAUGCUGCGUGGGAUGCUGGAGAAGAUGCUGUCUCCUUCACUGCUGGACGUGCUGUCCAAGCCAGGCGAAGUGAUGUCGCCGCUCGUGUACGGCAACAUGACGGUGUACGAGGCCACGACGUACAUGGCGGAGAGCCGGCGUCCUGCUCUUGUGGUUUCUUCCAACCCCGAAGCGCCGGACCUAAUUGGAAUUUUCACGCCAAAGGACGUGCUGCUGCGUGUGGUAGCGGAAGACCUGGACGUCCACACGACGCCGGUCAGUGAUGUCAUGACGCCCAAUCCGGAGUCUGCAGCGCCCGAGACGUCAGUGCUCGAUGCGUUCCACAUCAUGCACGACGGCAAGUUCCUGAAUUUGCCCGUGGUAGCUCCGGAUUCCGGCGAGAUUUUGGGCGUAGCAGACGUCCUGUCCAUCAGCUUGGCUUCGUUCGGAGAGUCGAGAGAUAUUGGCAAGCUCUUCAACGCUGCGUUCGACUACCAUGACGACGAGACCAACUCGAUCGUGUCGGGCCGAUCGACGUCCAACUUGUCGGUUGCUAGCAAGGCUCGUCAGCAGAAAGACCGCGACAAAGGCGUCAAUGUUCGCCCCGUGUCGAGCUUGCGUCCUCUCCCGGCGAUCACGAUCGAUGAGGUCGCGUCGGUGUUUGAAGCCUCGUUGCUGAUGAAGCAGAAGCGCACGGACGCGUUGCUGGUGGUGGAUGAAGCGGGCGGACUGAACGGCAUUCUAACAGACACUGACAUCUGUCGGCGAGUACUGGCGCUCAACUUGAACCCCGAGGAAGUGCCUGUGUGCAACGUGAUGACCAGAGACAUCAAGUACGUGUCCCCGAAUGAUAGCGCGAUCGACGCGUUGCUGUCGAUGCAGGAGGGCCACUUCCGCCAUCUUCCGGUGGUCGACGGUGGUAGUAUCGCCGGUGUCUUGAACAUUGGCAAGUGCAUCUACGACGUGUCCAAGCGCCUCGAACACGCCACGCAGUCCACGGAUCAACUCAAGGCGUCACUGGAGAAGAGCGGCAAGUCCUCGACGCUCCAACAGCUGCUCGCUCCGAUGUUGGAGAAGCUAUCGACGCCUACGUUAGGGUCAAUUAUUGAGAGCGAGGCGCAGAACGGCUCGACGCCAGCCCCGCGUCUUCCGAAGUCGUCUCUGGUCAGUGAUGUGGCCAAGGCCAUGGCGUCCACCAAGAAGGCGGCGCUCAUUGUGGACGAUAUCAACUUUGACAAGCUGGUGGGCGUCUUCUCGCCGAACGAACUGGUGCUCAAUGUGAUUGCCAAGGGGCUCAAGGCCUCCGCUACCUACGUGGAAGAAGUGAUGCUCAAUGACCCGGAGAUUGCCACGCCGUCGACGUCUGUGCUGGAUGGUCUGCACAUCAUGCACGACUCGCGUAUCCUCAACCUGCCCGUGCUGAAGGACGACUCGAACGAACUGGUGGGGAUGGUUGACGUGCUGGAUCUCAGCUACGGCACCAUUGACGCCAUCUACGGCGAGAACCGUGAGCAGAUGCAGGAGUUCUGGAACACGACGUUGCAGCUGGAUCAGCCGUCGUUGCCCUCGGAGGCUGGGGACCGCGAGCGGACCACGCUGCUGUCGCGAGCGGAACGUGAGGAGAAGAGUCGUACAGUGGCGAAGCUACGGCCGACGAAGGUGUUGACGGUAGUGGAGACCACGACGGUGGCGGAGCUCUCGAGGACUAUGGGACGCAACAAGAUGGACUGCGUGCUGGUGGUGUCGGAGGAAGGAAUGCUCAACGGCAUCAUCACAGACACGGAUCUGACGCGUCGUGUGGUGUCGGAGAACCGGCCAGUGGACUCGACGCUGGUGGGAGACGUGAUGACGCGCAACCCGGUGUUUGUGUCCAUGGACGACCCCGCUAUCGACGCGCUUAUUUCCAUGCUGGAAGGCAAGUUCCGCCACCUGCCAGUUGUCGAACGCAAUGGCCCUGUUGUGGGCAUUCUAAACAUUGCCAAGUGCUUGUACGAUGCCAUUCGGAAGAUGGAGAAGUCGGAGCAAUCGUCGGCUGCUCUGCGUCACACACUGGAGAAGGAGAUGAAGAGCCGAGUGAAUGGUGGCGCUCGUGCGGGCGGCGUCUCGCAACUGCUCGGCUCCAUGGUCAACAAGAUGUUCUCUCCGGAUAUCAAGACGGUGAUCGAGGAGGAAGGCGUGGAGCCUCCGCGUGUGCAGCGAUUCACGUCUGUGUUUGAAGUGUCCAAGCAAAUGGCCGUCACGAAGAAAGGCGCGUUGGUGGUGAACAACCGCGGCCAGUUCUGUGGUAUCUUUACGCCAAAAGAGAUGCUGGAGAAGGUGCUGGCACGUGGUCUACCUGUCCACACCACGCCCGUGUGUGAGGUGAUGUUGGAGAAGGACGUGACGAUCAACGGCGCGACGUCGGUGAUUGAUGCGAUGCACACGAUGCACGACCACAAGACGCUGUACUUGGCUGUGAUGCAGACCGAGACGAGCAAGCAGCCCAUCGGUCUGAUCGACGUCUUGUCGUUGAGCUACGGGUCCUUCGCGAAGGGCAAGCCGAGCGAGCGGAAGUCUUUCUGGAACGCGUCCUUCGAGGCCACAGAUGACGACGAUGUGUCCUCGCAGCACAGUUUCCGAAGUGGAUUCUCGCACAACCUCGCGCCAAGCAGCAGCGGAUUGAGUCAAAAGGGACGCCAGGCCGCGUUGGCCACUGGAAAUGUGCGUCCCGUGUCCAAGUUGCGACCGUCGAAGGCCAUCACGAUCUCCGAGACGUUCUCAGUUGCCGACGCUGCCAAGGAGAUGAGCAACGCGCAGACUGAUGCUGCGUUGGUUAUUGGACGCGAUGGAGGCCUGCUUGGUAUUCUGACGGACACAGACGUGACGCGACGUGUGGUGGCGCUGGGCAACGACCCGUUCUACGUGAGCGUGUGUGAUGCUAUGACCCCCGAUCCCAAGUUUGUUGACGAACGCGAUAGCGCUAUGGACGCGAUGUUUAUGAUGCUGGAAGGCAAGUUCCGCCACCUCCCCGUCGUGGAUGAAACAGGAAUGGUGGCGGGAAUGCUGCGGAUCCAGAAGUGUCUGUACGACGCGAUCACGCGCAUUGAGAAGGUGCAGCAGUCGUCUAGUGGCUCACUUCGACAGCGUCUGGAGAAGCAGUUGCAGGCCACCGGUAUCGGAACGGGACAAGGUGCGUUGAAGCAGCUCGUGGCGCCGAUGGUGGAGAAACUUCUGUCGCCCACAGUGGACCAGAUCUUGGAAGACGAGACGCUGCCUCCGCUUGUGAGUGAACACGACACGGUGAUGGAAGUGGCGCGUCAGAUGGCGGCGUCUAGGAAGGCGGCGCUGAUUGUGGAGGACCCGAACGCAGACAACAGCUCGUCUGUGAGUGGCGGACACCGCUCGUCGAUCAGUGGAGGAGGCUACGAUAUAGGCACGUCGGCGCUUACCAGGAAGGUGUUGGGUGUCUUUACGCCCAAGGAUCUGCUGCUACGCGUGACUGGCGCUGGUCUGGAUGCCGCGGAGACGACUGUGGGCCAGGUCAUGACGCCUGAUCCCGAGACGGCGCCACCGAAUACGAGGCUUGUGGACGCGCUGCACAUCAUGUACGAGCACAACUUCCUACACUUGCCGGUGGUUAACAAUGAGACGGCUACGAUCGUGGGAAUGCUAGACGUGCUGUCGCUGUGCUAUGGAACUUUUGCCAGUGGCGCGGCGGCUGAAAGUGGCAAGCCUGUGGACGAAGACUCGGACUGGCGUGCGUUCUGGGACGUCUCUCUGGCGCUUGGCCACGACGAAGACGACUUCAGUGAGCUGGCCAGUGUCACGGGCUCGCGAGUGUCUCGUCGUCGACCGGGUAAAUACACGGAGAGCCACCACUCGUCCAUGAUGGACCACAUUCCGGAGCCAGAAGGCGCUAUGCGUCCUGUAUCCAUGUUACGACCGCAGGAAGUUACGCGUAUCAACGAGUUUAUUACCGUGGCAGAGGCAGCUAAGCGCAUGCGUCAAGCUCGCGUUGAAGCGGUUGUGGUGACGACGGAGGAAGGAGAACUGCGCGGCAUCUUGACGGACACGGACAUCACGCGACGUGUGCUGGCUGAAGAUAUCGACCCCGAGAGUUGUUCCGUGGCGUCAGUGAUGACGACCAAGCCCAUGUGUGUGUACAUGGAGGACCAGGCCAUCGAGGCGAUCACCAAGAUGCUUGAAGGCCGCUUCAAGCACUUGCCGGUGCUGGGCUCGGAUGGCACGCCGCAAGGGAUGUUGGACAUCUCCAAGUGUCUGUACGACGCCAUCACGUGUCUGGAGAAGGUGCAGCAGUCCACCGAGGCGGCAGCUUCCGAGUUUUCGCGCGAUCUCGGUACGGGGUCGAACCUCCAGCGUCUGCUCGGUCCUAUGAUGGAGAAGAUGGUGCGUCCUACCGUCGGAGACGCUCUGGACGGCGAGAUUAUGCCUCCGGUGGUGAACAUCCACACGACGGCUGCGCGUGCGGCCAAGCUGAUGGCGAACACGAAGAAGGCGGCGAUCGUUCUGGGCGAUGAGCAAGAGCUGUGCGGAAUGGUGACGACCAAGGAUCUGCUGCGGAAGCUGGUGGCCAAGGGCUUGUACGCCGAGACGACUACAGUCGAGGAAGUGAUGACGGUGGACCCAGACCUCAUGGGACCGGAUAUGAGCAUCGUGGAUGGCUUACGAUCGCUGCAUGACGCGGGUCAACUGUUCAUGCCUGUACUGGCAGACGACGGCGAGAUCCUCGGCAUGGCUGACGUCAUUUGUCUGAGCUACGGCCAGUUCCAGACGACGUCCGGUGGCACGUCAAACGGCGACUGGAGGCAGUUCUGGCAGACGGCAAUGAACCUCCAAGAGGAAGUGGCGGGCGGCGCGUAUGGCGGCAUGAACGACGAUGCGAGGUCUGUCGGGACCAUCGAGGAGUUCGAGCGGGACGAGUACAAUGCUGGCGGUAGCGUGUCCACCCCGACGGCGAGUGCUGUGGGUCUUAAUGGCGCCGGAAGAUACUCGAACUCGCUCGGUGCGUAUGCUGAACUGGGCGAGAGUGUGUCGGUGGUGAGUGGGGCGAAUACAACCACGACGAGUGUGCUGAUGCAGAAGAACAUGGACGACAACACGUUCGUCUUCAAGGUGAGCGACGGCGCACAGGGACAUUUCCACCGCAUCAUGUGUCGCUUUAACUCGAUGGGUCCGUUGCUGGAGCAGAUCCGCUUCAAGAUGGGGAUGGACGACAACGAGGCCUUGCGGCUCAAGUAUGAAGAUGAUGAAGGCGAUCUGGCGCUACUGACGUCCGAUGAGAGUCUCGUGGAGGCUGUUCACAUGGCCCAACGCGCUGGGUGGAAGCGUCUGGUGCUUGUAGUUGACGUGGUCAAGCGUCCGCAACACGACGGCAACGGCAGUGUCGUGUCCAUGGCCAGUUCAGCUGCGAGUGGUGCUGCGAGUGCGACGCCGAGUGCCGCCCCCAGUGGCUCGAACGCUGCCGGCCCUAAGCCGCGCAAUCGGCUGCUCACCAAGGUGGACGAGAUGUCUUCGUCUGACAGCAGCAGUGACGAGAGCAGCGACGAGGAAAUCGUGCGAAGGAAGAGCAAGAAAUCACGACGCAAACGUGUGCGUGACCACGGCUUCUCGCUCAAUAAUCAAGCGGGUCUGAUUGCCGGUGGCGCUGCGACGCUGGUGGUGGGUCUAGGUGCCAUGGCACUCAUGCUGAUGCGACGUAAGUAA